CUGCAGUCAGUUUUGAGCAGAGCUGAGGAAGGCACGCAUCUGUCUGCUCUUUACCGGCAUGUUAUAGCAAAUCAGACUUGGAAAAGAUUGUUGAUAAUGUUAACUGCAUCACUGUGAGGAAUUGCAAAUUAUGGAGAGUUCAGCAGAGGCAGGCAGCGCAUCCGUGCCCAGUGCUAACGCCACCACCCCUAGUCCAGAGGGAAAGCGAGACAGGAACUUGGAGACGAAAGAUAUGGAGCAGGGAAGGUGCAGGUCUGGCUGGAAAUGUGCAGAGGCCAAUGCUGCCAUCAGCGCUGUCAGGGAUGGAGUCAGGACGAACAUGUUGCAAGAACAAAUGGAGUGUUCUCAAAGUGAAAAAUGCACAAAUGUCAGUUCAAGGACCCUUCGCAGUCAACCAGAGAAUUUUCCAACUGAUAUCUUCUUGAAGUUAACGAUGGUAAGACGAAAGAGUGGAUGUCCUGAUCCCAGACUCCAAAGACAGCUGAGAGGGCAGCUCCGUCUUCUGGAAAACGACAGCAGGGAGGUGAUGGCAGUUUUCAGUGAGCUCUCUGCCAGACUGCUGUCUAUUCACAGUGAUCAAGAUCUAAUAGUGGUGACAUUUAAAACUUUUGAGGAAAUAUGGAAGUUUCAGACCUACCACUCACUGGGUUUUAUAAAUCAUUGCAUGGAGAAUUUAUUUCUAGAUGAAUCUUUCUGGCUCUAUCCUCAAGAGGAGGAAGAAGCAGGCAUUGAAGUCUGUAUAAAUGAAAAAUCAUUACAUUUGAUGUACAGAAGCCUGCUAGUACAGGAAGGGGCAUUUUUUGUUUUAUGUCCUGACAAUCUGAUAAGAAAGAUAAUGGCUACAGACAAUGAAAUAAACACUUAUUUUGAGACUGGGGCUUUUACUAAAGAUGGUGGAUCUGUGGAUGGUGACAAGACAGUGCUGUCUAAUGCUUCUCCAGAGCCGUUGAUCCCUUUUCAUCAGUGGUUUCUUAAAGGGUAUUCUAAUCCUGUUGAUUUUGCACACAAAACUGAAUCUAAAUCCAUCGGUAAAGUUGCAAUGGGAUCCUGUCUAGCUGUGAUGAAUUAUGAAAGUAUUGUGCUGGAAGAGAUUAGUUUCCAGGAAGGGGACAAAAUUGAGAUCCUUGGCUACUUCAUUGAAUGCAUGGAAUGGUUUCUUGGAAGACAUGUGUUUACUGGCCAAAUAGGUUUUGUAAAGACAAGUCAUGUUAAACUGGACUUAUCUAGAAAUAAGCCACAAGACCUGGAUUUUCUUGAAGCAGAAGAGCUAUCUUUUUUCUCAAAAGAAAAAAAUUUGGAAGAAGUGGUACAUUUGUUGAAAGAAACCUCCAUCACAGAUGUUUGUUCUGUGUAUAGAAUAGACCAAUUAGAAGAACCAGAAUUUCAGAAAGCUCAUGAAUGUGAAAUUCCACAUUCACAUUCUCGCACAGGAUCCAUUAGCAAGAAUGGCAAGAUAGAGGAAUUCCUGAAGAAUUUCAAGAAUUUGGAGGUCACUCAGGCAGAAGAGCCAACUAUUGAAGGAAAGGAUUCUGCUAGCUCUCCAAAUACAGAAAUCUUUCUUCCACCUGAAGGACCUUGCUUUCACAUACAUCAAGAUGAUGUUCCAGCAUCUGACAUCCUUGACUCAUUGUUACUCUUCUUAAAUAGGAAGGACUAUGAGAAAAACUUCAGAAACCUGUAUGAUUUCUCUUAUCCAUUUAUCAAUAGCAUGUUUUAUGGGUUUUCAGAAGAAGAAGAACUGGUUAGCUUUUUUAGAUUAGCAAGGGAAGCAGCAAAGAAAGCAGGUAUGUCCUGGGCACUAGCAAGGCUGUGCUUUCUCUUAGGCAGGCUCAGUGUUAAAAAGCUGAAGUUUUCCCAAGCUCGGGUGUAUUUUGAGGAAGCGUUGGGAGCAGUAGCUGGAGGGUUUAGUGAUUUGUACUUUGUAAUUGCUCUUUAUACAAAUCUCACAGUCAUCUACUUGACACAGAAGAACAAAGAAAAAUGUGCUCAUGUUUUUGACAAGGCUACAUCUCUUCUCAUGGGAAUUCCCAACUACAUUUGCAGUGCUGACCUGGAGUCAGAUAUUCUAAAGUAUGCUCUGAAGAGGACAAUUUUAAGCCAGAACAAACAUGCAGAGGCAAGGGCAUGCUUUCUACUGGCAAAACAUUACAGUGCGCGCAAACAGCAUGAGGAGGCACUACCGUUCUUGGAAAGGUUUCAACUGUUACUUAAUGACUUGGGUUUACAAAACAACUUAUCUAACAACUGUUAUUUCAAACUAGCAGAGUCCUACAAUGAAAAGUGUUUGCCACACAUUGUAUUGAGCUGCAUAAAGGUCACCUCUUCCCAGAGCUCCAGUACUUUAAUGGAUUCCUUGAAAAGGAUUGAUUUAGUCAUCAAAAAUGCUCCCAAGCUCUGUGGCCUGAGAAAACUCAGGCAAAUACUCCCAUCCCAAAUUGCACCUUACCUCAUACAAGCACUUUCCUCUGUGUUUACUAAUGAGCAGCAAGGACUAUGCAGUAUUAUCUAUCUUAGCUUAGCAAAACUGUACAGCCACCACAAACGGUACGGAAAAGCCAUUGUUUACAUGAUGAAAGCACUGGAUGCUAAUGUUUCUGCCAAGCCAGAGGAAACUAUUAACUGUUUGGUUUCACUUGCUUGGUUAUACAUUCUUUACAGGCAAUAUGAUGUGGCUUUAGCCAUUUUAAAUGCUGUUGUAGACUCUUCAUGGAGCAGUCCUCAACAACUAGGCAUCGCUUAUAAUAUGCUUGCUAUUGCCUUGAAAAGAACAAACAAUACAAAAGAAGCUGCUGAGAGCUACUACAAAGCACUGCGUCUUUCAGAACAGACCAAUGUGACCCACAACCAAGCUAUAGCCCUGGCUAACUUUGGGGCACUCUGCCUGCAUGCAGCAGCCAGCAAGCUGGCAGAACAUUAUUACAUCAGGGCAGUGAAGCUAUUCUCCAAACUUCCAAGUAUGGACUGUGGCCUAGACUUUAUCCAAGUCCUCCUUCAGCUAGGAUGUUACUAUGUUGGUGGAACUCAAAGAGAAAAAGGAAGGUUUUAUUAUGAAUGGGCUUUUUUAGUUGCAAUGGAGACAAGUCAUCUGGAAAGUCAACUACAAGCAAUUAAACUGCUGUGUCAGUUCUACAGUACAGUUGUUCCCAAUGAGGCUCAGUGUGUCAUCUACAAUGAAUAUCAACUAUCUUUAGCUAGAAAGAUGUCCAACAAAGUUCUGGAGGGACAAAUUUUGGAAACCAUUAGUCAGCUCUAUUUGUCUUUAGGAACAGAAAGGGCUUACAGAUCAGCGCUGGAAUACACCAAAAGAAGCCUUGGGAUAUUUAUAGAUCUCCAGAAAAAAGAGAAAGAGGCCUAUGCUUGGCUACGUGCAGGAAAGAUAUAUUAUGUUCUGAGGCAGAAUGAGCUUGUGGAUCUUUAUAUUCAGGUUGCUCAGGAUGCUGCUCUUUACACGGGAGAUCCAAAUUUAGGAAUGGAAUUAUUUGAAGCUGCCGGAGACAUAUUUUUCAAUGGUACUUGGGAAAAGGAGAAAGCAUUGACUUUCUACAGGGACAGGGCUCUUCCACUUGCUGUUAAGACUGGCAACAAAACCACUGAACUCAGAUUAUGCAAUAAACUGGUGGAAUUACUGGUGAAUCUGAAGAUUUAUGAGGAAAGUCUGGAAUACGCAAGAGCAUCUCUUAUACUCAGUGUAAGUUUAGGAAAUCGGCUAAAUGAACGAAUAGCUUACCAUCGGCUGGCUGCCAUCCAUCAUCAUUUGGGUCACUGUGAACUAGCUGAACACUUUUAUUUAAAGGCCUUGUCCCUCUGUUCCUCUCCUCUGGAGUUUGAGGAGGAAACGCUGUAUUACGUCAAGGUGUACUUGAUCUUAGGAGACAUUAUAUUCUAUGACCUUAAGGAUCCCUUUGAUGCAGCAGGCUAUUAUCAAUUAGCACUUGCUGCUGCCAUGGACCUGGGCAAUAAAAAAGCUCAACUGAAGAUUUACACAAGACUUGCAAUCAUCUACCAUAACUUCCUUGUGGAUCGGGAAAUGUCUCUCUUCUUCUAUCAAAAAGCAAGGACCUUUGCAACAGAGCUGAAUGUUAGGAGAAUAAAUCUAGCUCCUGAUCAGUGUUACAAGAGUUCAUAAGCAUCUUUGGAAAAUGCAGUCUACUACAGAAGUACCUAGAGAAAUAUUGCACUGGCUUUGUAGGAGGAUACAAAAAGCAUUCAAUGUCUCAUUAUGUAAGCUGGAGCUCAGCGUCCCAGACUAAAUUACCACUUUAUAUGAUAGUGAACUACAUUUUAUUGUCUCACAAGAUAUACAGUCUUGUACUUGUUUAAGUCUCAGCCUGUGAAAUAAAACCAAAACCCAACAGUCUUUUUAAACUAAAUUAUUCUUUGUUAUCUGUUUCUGCCUAGCUGGAUAAUGGAAAAAGAUCAAUGCAUAGAUGCAAUGAAAAAAUAUUUAAUAAAGUGUUAUA